UGCGUUGGAUUCUCCUAAUUUAGGUGAACGCUGUGCUACCUCUUCUUGUCAUCUAAUGGUUAGCUAAAAUCCAUCUUCCAUCUUUCCUUCUCUGUUUCCUUGAAAACCUCUCCACCAUUCCACCUCAGUUUCUUGAGCAGUCAUGGCGGGUCCAUUCUUCUCUGCUACUUCAAAACCCUCUACCCUCUAUCAAUACUGGAAAAAAUCAAGCCUUUUUGGUUUGGCUUUAGUAACCGUCCUCUGUUCUCUGUCGUACCUUCUGGGUAUCUGGCAGAACAAUCGUGGAGGAUCCAUCCUUACCUCUCAUCUUGUCAAUUCCGUGCCCUGUACUGACAUUGAGAGAAGAACCCAGUUGCCCUCAAACCCCCAUGGUUUAGAUUUCUCGACUCAUCAUGCCGCUGAUGAUUCUCCGAUGACUAUGGUUACGAAACAUUAUCCUCCUUGCGAUAUCAAGUACAGCGAUUACACACCAUGUGAGGACCCUAAAAGAUCUUUGAAGUAUAAAAGGAACAGGUUGAUUUACAGAGAAAGACACUGUCCGCAGAGAGGUGAAUUGCUUAAAUGUCGUGUGCCUGCGCCGUUUGGGUACAAGAAUCCGCUUCCAUGGCCGUCGAGUCGUGAUUAUGCGUGGUAUGCGAACGUACCCCACAAGCAUUUGACAGUGGAGAAGGCGGUUCAGAACUGGAUUCGAUUCGAAGGGGAUCGAUUCAAGUUUCCUGGUGGUGGUACCAUGUUCCCAAACGGUGCUGAUGCUUAUAUUGAUGAUAUCGGCAAGUUGAUUAAUCUCAAAGAUGGUUCUAUCAGAACUGCUAUUGAUACUGGUUGUGGGGUUGCGAGUUGGGGAGCUUACCUACUAUCACGUAACAUCUUAACAAUGUCGUUCGCACCAAGGGACACCCAUGAAGCUCAGGUGCAAUUCGCCCUCGAGCGAGGAGUUCCUGCGUUGAUCGGAGUAUUGGCUUCCAUUAGGCUUCCUUACCCAUCAAGGUCUUUCGACAUGGCUCACUGCUCUCGUUGCCUCAUUCCCUGGGGCCUAUUCGAUGGGAUCAACCUGAUCGAAGUCGAUCGAGUUCUUCGCCCUGGUGGGUAUUGGAUUCUUUCAGGACCACCCAUCAACUGGAGAAGGUACUGGAAAGGGUGGGAGAGAACAAAGCAAGACCUUGAGGCUGAGCAGAAUCAAAUCGAAGCUGUAGCCAAGAGUCUUUGUUGGAAGAAAUUUACAGAGAAGGGCGAUAUUGCUAUCUGGCAGAAACCCAGUAACCAUAUUCAUUGUAAGAAGAAUCGCAAGGUUUUCGGGAAGCCCCAGUUCUGCCCGGCCUCACAGGACCCCGACAAGGCUUGGUAUACCACUAUGGAGACUUGCAUAACCCCAUUACCAGAAGUGUCCGACAUUACAGAAGUCGCCGGUGGUAAAUUGGCCAAAUGGCCGGAGAGAUUGAAUGCUAUUCCUCCGAGGAUUAAGAGUGGAAGUCUGAACGGAAUCACAGAAGAGAUGUUCAGAAAAGAUGCAGAGCUAUGGAAGAAGAGAAUUGGAUAUUACAAGGCUGUAAACAAUCAGCUUGGGCAGAAAGGAAGAUACCGGAACUUGCUGGACAUGAAUGCUCACUUGGGAGGCUUUGCAGCUUCACUUGUCAACCAGCCAGUUUGGGUUAUGAACGUUGUUCCUGUAGAGGCGAAGAUCAACACACUCGGAGUCAUCUACGAACGCGGCUUGAUCGGAACGUAUCAGAACUGGUGCGAAGCCAUGUCUACUUAUCCUAGAACUUACGAUCUCAUUCAUGCUGAUUCAGUCUUUAGCCUCUAUGAGAACAGAUGUGAAUUGGAAGAUAUUAUAUUGGAGAUGGACAGGAUACUUAGACCUGAAGGCUCUGUAAUCUUGAGAGACGAUGUAGAUGUUUUGGUGAAGGUGAAGAAUAUCAUAGAUGGAAUGAAUUGGGAUGGUCAAAUAGUUGACCAUGAAGAUGGGCCCCAUGUAAGGGAGAAACUUCUAUUUGCUGUGAAGUUAUAUUGGACAGCCCCACAAUCUACCUCUGAUCAGGAGUCCAAGACAGCUUCUUAACGGGGCUUUGUUUUGCUUUUGGUGGGCUAUCUUUUUUGUAGUGUUCCAUUAUCAAUCCUUUUUGUUACCAAUUCUUUCAAAUAUAAUCAUGUUUAGUUGAUAGGGUUGAAAUGAAAAUUUGUAAAUGGAUUGUGGGGGAAGGGAGGUGGCCCACCUUACAAUCAAUAAGGGUUAACCUUUGACCAUUUAUCUUAGAUUACAAAGGCAUAGGUUGGUUCCCCCAUUUUUUCCCCCUUCUUUGUUAUUUUCUUGUUGCUGUAUUGUUUGAUCAAUUAGAUUCUUCUAUAAUUGGUCAAUAAAACAAUUGGGUAAUUCUUUUGGCAUCAAAA